AUGAUCAAGACAAAAAGCGGGAGUAUUUUUAAUGUGCAAGGAGUUGAGCUGACCGAUGUUUUACCCCUCGGGCCACAGAGUCGAUCGUUUGAGAGUCGCUGGUAUCGACUUCACCACUAUGCUGCCGGUUUUCAUACAAUUGACAUCCCAAAGAGUAUGUCUUCAACAGUGAAUCUCGUUCUUUGUGACUUGGUGAGAAAACAACGUGGACUCCCGGAAAGGAUACUUAUAGAAAAACAAAAAAAUAUUUGUGUCAAGGAUAACUGGUACAAUGAGAUCCCGGAAAAGAAGUUAAAUUGGAAAAUGAGAGGGAAUCAUCCAGCACUGAUCGUUCUUCGUGAUCCAAUCGAGAGAUUUGUCUCGAUGUACGGAUAUUUGUGCAAGGAAAAACAUUUGUGCCCAAAAAGGAUGGGCAUUCAUCAAUUUGCCGCCUGGACAAAUCGAUUACUGAAUGAAAAAGCUGAAAAGAAAAGAAUAUGGACGGAUUUACUUCGACACAUUCAACCAUCUUUUUGGUACGUGUACGAAAACCGGAAAUCGCUGCCACAUGGCAACGUUGAGGUUGUGUUCCAAACGACGGAUCGAAAAUCGACAGCCCGUCAAUUUGAACGAAUUUUUGUGAGGAGAGGAGUUCCUUCAAAGAUUGCACAUUGGGUAACUCAUCUAAUCCGCGAGAAAUUCGUUAACUCUAACAAAGGCAACAAAGACGUCAAGGGAAUAAGAGACACGACAACGGCAAAGAAAUGGAAGAAACAACUCGAGUUGAAACCCGAAUUGAUCAGAGCUUUGAGAAAGCAUCGAAUAGAAUUGCCGGAUGAGAUCAGAUUAUUAGAGGAUGGAGGAGCUGUUUUGAGGGAUAAUUGCAUGGGUCCUCGUCUUGGUAUUGCCGGGAAAUCAAUCCCAAGACGAUAUUGUAAAUUU